UAAAGGGACGUGGGCUGGGGUGAUUCUUUUGGUACUAUGGGGGGCAAUGAGAGUAGUCUGGGUAGCAGGAAGGUCUCCUUCGAGCUGGACGAGCACGAGCGAGUGCGGGUAUUGCAGGGUAUCAGGCUUUCUGAAGAUGUGGUGAACCGAAUGAAGGAACCUCACCAGCCUAAAAGGGACCAGCAAUCAACAUCUCCUUCUCCUCCAUCCUCAUCAGAAGUUACAGAAGGGGAAUCUAAGUUGUCCACAGGGGUCCAUCCGCCAACAGUUGACUCCUUGGGUCGGAAGCCAUCUGAGGCAGAGGCAGAUCUGUACAAGAGGUAUGAGCAAGAACAAGCAAUGGUUCAAGAGGAGCUGCUCCGACUGGCGAAAAGGGAACGGGAUGCUGUUGCUUUAACCCUCUCGGUGCUGCAGCCAAGCGGGGGAAAUGCUGGCUGUCCUUUGCAGACCCGGACGGUCUGGAGAGGCUUCAGCCGGGCUGACGGCAGCGACGCCCUGUAA